AUGGGGGCGGAGUCGCCUGAAAUUGAUGAGACUGGUUCCUCUGGAAAACAGUCGGAAUCAUUCGGAUCCGCCGUCCAAAACAUGACUUCUCCCGAUAUUAUUGGCGCUUCUGUUGCCGACUUUUUCGGUUUGUGUCUUCCGGACUGAAAAUCAGAGAGAAACUUUAAAAACUCUUUCGUUUAAAACUGUGCGUUACCGCAUCGGGUGGCGCUACAACGAAGUAUUUAGAACUUGCACGGAAUGGAACUGUUACGAUUUGGAACUCGCAGUUAUAUUUUAACGUUGCGAGUUCCAUUCCGUGCGAGUUCUACUUUGUUGUAGCGCCCAUCGGGUAGAUCUAUGCUCGAGCGCGAAUGCCAGAAUUCUGCGAAACCAAUAAAUUAGUGCCACUUUCUCUCUGAUUGCUCAGUCCUUGAUAUCGCCGUUCAGAAAAACCUCGCCGGGGCUCUUUUCUCGUAACGAACGUGGCAAGCGACGGACUGACGGCCGUCGCAGUGACCAAUCCAAACCGCAGGUGACUUCUCGAGAACAGCCGAACAGAAGCGCUAACUUUGAAUAGAUGUUCCGCUUUCAGAUUCCAAAUCAUGGACGACGAGUUGGCGGCGGCGAAAGGAGAGAGUUCGCGAAGGCAGAGGGAGUUCCACUCGAGGAGCAACGCGUUAGAUGUGAGUGGAAUAUUAUGGAAAUCCCUGUGGUAACCUCCAAACGGACAUUGAAUACGAAGGAAAUGAAUUUUACUUUCACUGACCUUUUCAUUUCACCCGAUAAUGGCUUUACCGCGUUAAUUCAGACGCUGAAAGAUUUGGAUCUGAGCGGAAAGACGUUCGCAAUUACGGGAACCACUUCGGGAAUCGGAAUCGAAACGGCGCGUGCUCUUGCUCUCAAAGGAGCCCACGUCAUCAUGUUCAACCGAAACAUUGUGGAAACGGAAAAGCUGAAAAAGAGAAUUGAAGAGGAGAAGCCGGAUGCGAAGAUAGACUUCAUCUCGUGCGAUCUCAACUCUCUGCAGUCUGCGAAAGCUGCGGCGGACGAGUACUUGGCGAAGCACUGGCCCCUCCACGGACUGAUUCUCAACGCGGGAGUGUUCGCCCCCACGGUCAAGACGACCUUCGACAACUUCGAGUCGCACUUCGGAGUCAACCACCUGGCCCACUUCGUUCUGGUCAAAGAGCUCCUUCCGGCUCUGCGGCAGUCCGCUCCCUCCCGCAUCGUCUUCGUUUCUUCCGUUUCCAGUAGUCACACAGGACUGAAAGCCGAGAUGCCGAGAAGUGAGAAAGUGAAGAAGUUGAGUCCGGAGAAUGCGACCGAGGGAUUCUACAAGUAUGUGGCUGCUAUCUGCAGAUUCCAAUUGAUCCAUAUUAAUCAUUUACAGAUUGUACGCCUACUCGAAGAUGUGCAAUGUGCUCACUGCGUUCAAAAUCCAUCGCGACGAGUUUGUCAGUCACGGCAUCAGCACUUACGCCGUCCACCCGGGAACAAUGAUCGGAACCGGUCAGUCGAAUCCUAAUCCAUCAUUCCUCUCCUUUCCAACUUUAAGAUAUCGCUCGUGGCUUCGGAUUCCUGAGCAAGUUCUGGAAUGUCAUGACGAAGCCGUUCACAAAGACUUUGGCGCAGGGAGCCGCCACGAGUGUCUACUGCGCCGCCCAUCCUGACGUGGCAGAAGUUUCCGGGAAGUUCUGGGAAUCUUGCUGGGACGACGAGAAGAGUCUGGAUGCUGACAUUGCCCGAGACAUCGGACUGCAAGACGAGCUCUGGGAUCAUUCGGAAGUGCUCAUCGACGAGUGGCGCAAGACGCAGAAGCCCGUUUCCACGAUUGGGAACGAGGAGGGCCUUCCAAACGGCGACGCCUUCUCCGACGAAAAUGCUUAA